AUGCGUGCCGGCAGCGUGUACGGGGGUGCAGGAGGGUCCGGCGUGCGCAUCUCCAGCGCGUCCAGCUCCUUCUCCGCAGGUGGCGGCUACGGGGGUGGCUUCCAGCUCUCCGACGGCGUGGCGCCAACGAAGGCAACCAUGCAGAGCGACCGCCUGGCCUCCUACCUGGAGAAGGUGCCCCUAGAGAAGGCCAACGCAGAGAUGGAGCUGAAGAUCAGAAAGUUCCUGGAGAGCAAGACAUCCCCCACUGCCCGUGACUACACUGCCUUCCAUGUCACCAUCAGCGACCUCCAGGCCAAGAUUCAGGAUGCCACCCGUGUCAAUGGAGGUAUCUACCUCAGCAUUGACAACGCCAAGCUCGCUGCUGAUGACUUCAGAGUCAAAUAUGAGAACGAGCUCGCCAUGAGGCAAUCAGUGGAGGCUGACAUCGCCAACCUGAGGAAAGUCCUGGAUGAGCUGACCAUGGCCCGCUCCGACCUGGAGAUGCAGAUCGAGGGCCUGAGGGAGGAACUCAUCUUCCUCAAGAAGAACCAUGAGGAGGAGCUCCUGGCCAUGCGUGCACAGAUGACGGGACAGGUUCACGUGGAGGUUGAUGCCGCACCACAGGAGGACCUGUCCAAGGUCAUGGCCGAGAUCCGUGAACACUACGAGACCGUCGCCGCCAAGAACAACAGAGAGCUGGAAUCGUGGUUCCAGAGCAAGACAGAGGCUCUGAACAAGGAAGUCGCCGUCAGCACAGAGGUACUGCAGACGUCACGGUCGGAAAUCAACGAAGUCAAACGCACACUGCAGGGGCUCGAAAUUGAGCUUCAGUCUCAGCUCAGCAUGAAAGCGUCGCUGGAAGGCACUCUGGCAGACACACACAGCUACUUCGUCCAUGCUCGGGGCUACCAGAUGCAGGUGAGCAGCCUGGAGGAACAGCUCACACAGCUGCGUGCUGACCUCGAGCGCCAGGGCUACGAAUACAAGAUGCUCCUGGACAUCAAGACCAGACUGGAGAUGGAGAUCGCCGAGUACAGAAGACUCCUGGACGGAGAAGCUGUCAGCACUACCUCCUGCUCGUCCUCAUCGACCACAACACGCAAGGUGGUGACCAUCGUGGAGGAGGUUGUGGACGGCAAGGUGGUCAGCUCGUCCAGCUCCUCCCAGUCCAUGUCUGCGACUAAAUGAGAGGCAUUAACACACUGCAACAGCAGAGCACUGGAAAUAAGCCCAACAAAGUAGAGCCUCUCAAAGCACAACACCUGAGAGAAAAGAGAAAAAACAAUAAAAAGUGCCCUGUGGUGUUCAGUAUUAAAA